AUGAGUCUGCCGUCCGGUGUAGACAUGUCGCUGCACAGUAGCGUGGACAUGUCGCUCCAUCCAGUGUUGGGCGCUAUACCACCGGCGUUCUUCUUGCGCGCCUCGGAGCGUUACCAGCGCACUCCCAAGUGUGCGCGCUGCCGCAACCACGGGGUCGUCUCGGCGCUCAAGGGCCACAAGCGAUACUGCAGGUGGCGAGACUGUGUGUGCGCCAAGUGCACGCUGAUAGCCGAGAGACAGAGAGUCAUGGCCGCUCAGGUCGCGCUCCGGCGACAGCAGGCUCAGGAGGAGAGCGAGGCCCGAGAGCUGGGUCUCAUGUACCCGAACCCUGCCGCCCCCGCACUGCCCGCCCCCAACCAGCCGCCGCCCGACGUCGGCCUCGCGCUUAUCCAUCAACCGGCCUUCCCCAGCAGCCCCCACAGUCCAGGACCCAAGAGGGCGCGGAUAUCUGUGGUGGACGACGACGGUGACGACUCCGCGGAACCGGAAGACUUAGACAGGAGUAGGUCCAGGAGCAGGACGCCACCGCCUCUCGUGCAGGCGCCGCCCCCCGACUGUCCUAUGCCACCUUUGGCGCUACCCUCUUCUGAAACUCAGUCUACGCCACCUCCAGAGGAUUCCAGCAGUGAAAGCGAAUCUGCUCCGGAGAACCUAUCACUGCCCAAACCGCGCUCUGUCGAGCCUCCCAGCCUGAACACCCCGUUGUACUCGCAAUACCCCGGCAUGACCGUACCCUACCACCACCUCCCUCAGAGGUCCCCAGUGGAUGUCCUCCUCAGGGUGUUUCCCGGUCGCCGCCGCUCUGACGUCGAGGCGACCCUCAGCCGCUGCAAGGGAGACGUUCUACAGGCGAUCGAGCUAAUGCAUCUCAAAGAUUUCCAUACAAAGAGCGAAAUUUUUUGCUCUCUUCUAGAGCAGAGCUCCAAUCUUCAAAGAAACCCUUUUACAGUAUGUACCGAGCCCGAGGAACCAAGGUCCGCAUUCUCGCCAUUGGGGCCCCCCUGCAGCUCUCUUCACAGGGCCCACUUCAGCCCCCAAGCCCGCCGUUUUCUCUCCGCCCCUUACUCCGGAACCGGAUAUCUACCCACGGUCAUCCGGCCACCUCCAGAGUAUGCGCUGCCUCUCCACCUCUACUCCGCCCCCGAGAAGACGACCGCCUCCUCCCCCGGCUCCAACACCGGCUCAGACAAGACUAGCUAUUCUGAGUAGACACCCCCGUCACCCGCGUUUGUGUAUAUAAUGUAAGUUAGUUGUGAUCUGGAGACAGGCGGAAACACACCAAAGAUUUUCAUAAGUGGAUAUUAUUAAUUUUAGAAUUAAUAACCCAUGAUAUAUAUUUGUUUUCCAAAAUUCAAAUCUUUUGUAUCAAUUUAUUUUGAAGGAUAACAGGAUUUUAGACAUUUGCCUUGGUUGUAUGUUACGAGAAUAGGACACUACAUUUCGUGGUUUGAAUCUACUCCCCUGUUCCGGUGUCAAAAUCUUGUUACAUAGGGAAGCAAACAAAAGUCAAUAUACGGUCAUGGACUCACCAAGUGUUAGAGAUUUUAAUAGCGGAACAAGUUGUACGCAUGCACUCGACACUCACUGCUAUGUAAAGAAACACAAGCUACGAUUUCAGAUACCCAUAUACGACAUGCUAUACACACCAAAGAUGGUGAGAGAUUGUAUUUGUAAGAUUCUUUGACAUCUGAAAAAAUGGAUAAAUUUCACUCCUCGAAACGUAGUGUCCUAUCCUUGUAACAUAUAAGGAUAGCGAAUGUCCUAAAUUUUCUUACCCUUUCUGGUCAGGCUUCGCUAAUAAUACAUGUUAAACAAAAUUUUCUUUUCUGAUUGAUCAAUAUACAGGUUUGAACAAAUGGCUUACUUAAGUAGUUUCUUCUUUUAACUUUAGUGAUCUUUAAUAAGGCCAAUGUAAUAAUGUGUCAUUUAAUUUGACUUUGUCAUUGUUUGGAUUCUUAAAACAUUUAUUUUUCACUUAUGGAGAUUCAGGUGUGUAACAGCCACAUUCAGAAAAUGUGUUAAUCUCGUUUUAUUUCAUAUAUUUAGGUUUAUUUUGUUGGAUUUUUGUAAAUAAUAGCUUUAAAACAAUUAGUUAAUAUUAAGAUGUUUACAGUUGUAUAUUUUCAGAGAUAAUUUACUUGUAAUGUCAUUCUUCGAAAUUAACUUUUCUGAGAUAGGUUCAGUUCAUUCCUGUUUGUUCUGUUCCAAAUAAUAUGCUAUGUGAGUUAAUUAUGCAAACUAAAUUAUUAAUCUUACCAUUUAACGCAUAUGAAACGCUUACAAUAUCGUCGUGACAUGUGCUGAAAAGUAAUAGGUAUUAAAAUAAUUUGUACAUAGGUUUUGUACUGUGGAGUAGUAAUCACAGUUGAGCACUUAAUCCAAAAUAUUACAGUUCAUGGAGUUCUAAAAACGUUUACACAGUUUACUUUCGAUUGGACAGUUGAUUUCAAUUUCUGUUGGUUUAUAAAUACGUUCAACAUAAUUUGUAUUAUACAUUUAGACUAAUUGUCAAAUUCGAUAUAAAGAAAAUGACCAAAUUAUACAAUAUUCACUGUAUCUAUGUAAAAUAGCUUUAAAGUUGACAAUU